AACAGUGAAGAAGGCGGCUUGUAGACAAAAAUGUGAAGCCGGUUGAAAGUUGAAGUUAAGUUGGGCGCAAGUGGACUAUGGGUUCCACCAUUAAUGUCAUUAAAGGCAAAAAGGGAAACUUCCAAGAACCAACAAGCCGACCCAACCCAAUCCUUUUCACCGCUUCCAAACAUGGUGUUCUCUGCCCUGUGACUCUUAUCACCAUCUUCUUCUCUUCUCUUCCAUUACCUACCGACGCCAACAAUGCUGCAGAAUCUCAUCUUUUCUUCUUAAAGAAGGGAAAUCGGGUGAUACUGAGUUACAAAAUGGAGGUAGCUUUCCCUUUCUGUAACCUGUACUCAUGCAGAAUAGAAGUGGGGCCUUUCCUUGUGAAAGGGAAAGAGAAUAUCUAUAAAUUAUAAAGCUGAUGGGUGGUGUAACAUCAAAACGAUCAACCUCAGCACAGUCCUCAUCUGUAGCAUCUAAUUCUUACUCGUGGGAUCCUCAUAGAUCUGCACAGCCAUCAUAUGCUCCCUCAGGCCGAGACUAUGUUCCCCAGCAGCAUUAUGCUCCUCCACCUCAAAACUAUGGUGGUCGUGCCCAAGAUUCAAAGCGGAGGUUGGAGAGAAAAUAUUCAAAGAUAGAUGAUAACUACAAUAGCCUGGACCAGGUGACUGAUGCCCUGGCCCACGCAGGCUUGGAAUCUUCUAAUCUUAUUGUUGGUAUUGAUUUCACAAAGAGCAAUGAGUGGACAGGUGCAAGGUCAUUCCACCGGAGAAGUCUACACCACAUUGGAGAUGAGCAAAAUCCAUAUGAACAAGCAAUAUCCAUUAUUGGAAAAACAUUGUCUUCCUUUGAUGAGGAUAAUUUGAUACCUUGUUUUGGAUUUGGCGAUGCAUCAACACAUGAUCAAGAAGUAUUCAGCUUCUAUCCAGAUGAGAGGUUUUGCAAUGGAUUUGAAGAAGUGUUAAGUCGAUACAGAGAAACAGUGCCUAAUCUAAGACUUGCAGGACCCACAUCUUUUGCUCCUAUCAUUGAAAUGGCCAUCACCAUUGUUGAGCAAAGUGGUGGGCAAUACCAUGUGUUACUGAUAAUAGCUGAUGGGCAGGUUACUAGAAGUGUUGAUACAGAACGUGGCCAACUAAGCCCACAAGAAACAAAAACAGUCGAAGCGAUUGUGAAAGCAAGUGAGUACCCCUUGUCAAUUAUUUUAGUUGGAGUUGGAGAUGGACCAUGGGACAUGAUGAGAGAAUUUGAUGAUAACAUUCCUGCUCGUGCGUUUGAUAAUUUCCAGUUUGUGAGUUUUACAGAACUAAUGUCAAAGAAUAUGGAUCAGUCCAGAAAAGAGGCAGAGUUUGCUCUUGCGGCACUGAUGGAAAUUCCUUCUCAGUACAAAGCAACAAUAGAGCUUAACAUAUUGGGUACUAGCUCGGGGAAGGCUAUUGAUAGGGUUCCUCUCCCCCCUCCUCUCUAUGGUGCGGGUUCUUUUAGCUACUCAAAACCUUCACAAUCAAGUAGUUUUCGUCCCACUGCACCUUCUUCUGGUAGACAUGAUACUCCAGCCAGAACAUCUCCUCCUGCAAGUUCUGCUUCAGACAAUCGUGUUUGUCCUAUAUGUCUUUGCAAUGCAAAGGAUAUGGCCUUUGGUUGUGGACAUCAGACUUGCUGCGAGUGUGGCCAAGACCUUCAAUUGUGUCCCAUUUGCCGAAGCACCAUUGAUACCAGAAUAAGACUCUAUUGAGCAAAAUAUGCUUGACCGGAUUCUCCUUUGCUGUUUCUAUCUUCCAGCAUUCUGAGAGUAAGUCCUCGAAUUUCUUCUUGAGUAAAAGACUUUGGAGUUGGACAUGAAUGUGGUAUGAGGACUCUUAAAUGAUUCGAGAGAGAAGGGAUACCCAUCAUAUAUAUCCAGACUUUUGUACAUAUUUGUGGGUUUCAUCAAACUAGAAAAACUUGUUUAUGCAACUUUAUCUGUUCAAUAUCAUAUAAUUGUUUGUGAUCCGCUCUGUAAUGAGUGAGAACAGACAUUUCUCAUUGUGGGACGCCCUUGGAUUGGCAUCUGUGCCCGUACCAACUGUAAUCGGUAUAAUUUUUCAUGCUGUGAGAGUUCACUUUCAGCCUCCUGUAUGAAAACUUUUCACUAGCUAUCCUUAUUAGUAUUGGAACCCUGGCCUGCAACUUCCCAUAUAAUACUUUGCGGAUCGUUGUUUACAGAAUUAAGAUUAAAAAUAUGUCAUGUUUGACAUGUUCACGUGAAUUUGAUAUGAUAAUUUUCGUUUUUAUAUAUAUUUAAUAUGAUGCGAGGGCAAAGCCCUUCA